AAGAAACAAAUUUAUAUGUUAAACAAAUUUAUAUGGCUGAAGCAAUUGUGUCGAUUGUUGUGGGAAGGCUCACUGAUUUGUUAAUUGAAAAACCUCUAAUCCUUCACGAAGUGAGAGAUGAAAUUGAAGUCGCGGUAGCUGGGCUCGUGCGGAUGAAAACAUUCUUACGAGAUGCUGAUUCAAGGAUGGAUGUAGAAAGAAUCCGGAUUCUGCUCCGGGACGUACGAGAGCUUGCCUAUGAUGCUGAACAUGCUGUCGAAAGUUUUGUUAUUAAAGCCUCAUCCACUAAAAAAUCAUUUCAGUGGAUGAACAGAGGCAAGUUUUGUUAUGAUGCUGAUGAUUCUUACCCACUUAUAUCUAUUUGUGGAAUGGGGGGUCUGGGAAAGACAACUCUAGCUCAAAAGAUAUACAAUCACUCCGCCAUCAAGACUCACUUUGCUGGUUUAGCAUGGGUAUCAAUCUCCCGAAAGUGGCAAACAGAUCGUGUGUUGCAGAGAAUUCUUAUAUGUCUCGUCCCUGAGAACAAAAACUCUAUCCUUAAUAUGGACAGUGACAAGCUAGUGGAGUAUAUGCUACAAAUCCAGGGAAGGAAAAAAUGUUUGAUAGUUCUCGAUGAUAUAUGGUCAACUGAUACUUGGGAUGCAUUAAAAGCUGCAUUUCCAGCCGGGAAGUCCAUGAGCAAAUUAAUGCUUACAAGUCGUAAUGCUGAGGUUGCUGAGCAUGUAAAUUUAGACGGAUUCAUUCACAAGCCAGAAUUUCUAAGUCCCGAACAAAGUUGGGAGCUACUCAAGUUGAAAGCACUUCACACAGGAAAUUGUCUAGACAUUACCAGAGAUGUAAAGAGGAUGGAAGAACUGGGAAGGGAAAUGGUUGAACAUUGUGCCGGUCUUCCGCUAGCUAUAGUCGUCUUGGGUGGAAUUCUUGUAACAAAACCAUCGUUGAUAGAGUGGGAGAAGGUAUAUCGUGAUAGUAAAUCAUCCCUGAAGGCGGGGAAAGGACUGGGAGAAGCCUAUCAAAGGGAAAUAUUAAGUUUUUUGGUUUGGAGCUACAAUGAUUUACCCCCUCAGCUCAAGCCAUGCUUUUUAUAUUUAUCAAAGUUUGGUGAAGAUAAAUGGAUAAAAUUGGAGACUUUGUAUCAGCUAUGGAUCGCUGAAGGAAUGAUACUCUCGACUGACAAGAGGAAAGGAGAAACAAUGAUACAAGUGGCUGAAUCAUACAUGGGAGAACUAGUCCACAGGAAUAUGGUUCAAGUGAGAUUUAACGAUGUAGAAUCAUCGCUUACAAAGUUUGAAUCUUGUUCUCUGCACGAUCUUAUGAGAGACAUGUCUUUAAUACAAGCAAAAGCAGAAGAUUUUUUUGAAGUAAUACAUUUCCAAAGUGGAAAUGAGUUUCAUCUCAAAUCUACUACAGAGUCAAGGUCAGCUUCCACUCGAGUUGUGAUUCGUUUGGAUGAGGAAUAUUCUAGCAAAGAAGCUAAUUACUACUUUACCAAGAAACGCAAUGAAGAAUGCUAUCGAUCAAUUUUACUCCUGGGUAAGUUUGGAGCAAGAAGUUUGCCACAGGCGCUGGGCUCACAUGUUGCCAAUUUUAGGUUCCUAAAAGUCUUUUCUGUGGAGCACUAUACCAAUUUUUCUGGAGCAUUUUCUCAUAUUAAUUUUGGAAGAGCAGUAGGGUCCCUUGUUUACUUGCGAUAUCUCAGUUUAAGGGACACUAAUUUGUUGAUUUUUCCAUCUCUACAAAAGUUGGUGCUAUUACAAACUCUAAAAUUGGAUACCGACAAGAUAUAUGUUUUACCAUGGCUGUCAAGAGAUGUUCUGGUGAAGAUGGAUUGUUUGCGGCAUCUGUAUUUGCCGAAAUUUAAAGUUGACGUUUUGGGAAGGAAAUCGAAAUUACGGUUUAAUGGGUUGAGCAAGUUAGAGACCCUGGAGAACUUUGACACUACUUGGUGUGAGGUUAAGGAUCUACGUGACCUAAUCAAUCUUCGGAAACUAACCCUAACAGUGAGAGGUAGCUUUGAUAUUCUGGAAGAAAUGAUGAAAAACUUGGAUGAUGUAGCCUCCUCACCAUCUUCAUGUCUGAGGUUCUUGGGUGUCACUAUUGUUUAUUGUCAUUUCGAGCUGAACAAUGGUCUUCCUAUCUUAAAACAAUUGGUAUAUGCCGAAAAUUUGAACCUUCGGGAAUUGAAAAUAUAUGGGCGUAUCCCAGAGGUGGGUCUAAUAUUCCGCUGCAUGUAUCCACAAUUUGUAUUACAACUUUAUAUUUAAGGAAAUCAUACCUGGAAGAAGACCCAAUGCCAAUAUUAGAAAUGCUUCCAGUGUUGAGUGUUCUCCAAAUGCAUGAGGAUACAUAUGUGGGGAAGGAGAUGGUGUGCUCCGCAACCGGUUUUCCUAAACUCACCCAUCUUAUUUUG